GCGGGAUCUUCUGGCGGGUUCGGGCAAACGGCCUCGGGUGCUGCGGAGCUGUAGCGUUCGAGUAGUUCCAAGUAGAGUACAGGGGUGCUGACCCUUCGAAGGAGUCGUAGCUCUGCUUUGAUUAGCGCGCAGUGGCUUCCAGAGUGGAGUAAAGAAUGGCUGUUGAACAUCCACCAGGCUCCUGCAAGGGAUUUCUGAUAUUCAGGGAUGUGUCUAUAGACUUUUCUCAGGAAGAGUGGGAAUGCCUGGACUCAACUCAAAGGAAUUUAUACAAAUAUGUAAUGUUGGAGAAUUAUAGCAACCUGGUCUCAGUCGGUCUUUGCAUUCCUAAGCCAGAUGUGAUCUCGUUGUUGGAGCAAGGCAAGGAGCCUUGGAGUGUUUUUGACAGUGAGCUGACAAGAGUGCAUAUUGGCAUAAGACCCUAUGAAUAUGAGGAAUGUAGGGAUGGGAAAGUCUUUACUAGUGCCUCACAGUUUUUUCUAUGUCAUAGCAUUCAUACAACUGAGAAACCCUUUAAGUGUAAGGAGUGUGUUAGAGAAUUUAGUAAUGGUACAGCCCUUAUUCGUCAUCAGAGGAUUCAUACUGGUGAAAAACCUUAUGAGUGUAAAGAAUGUGGAAAGACUUUUAGUACUAGUUCAAUAUUUAGAGUACAUCAGAGGAUUCACACAGGUGAGAAACCCAAUGAAUGUAAAGAAUGUGGAAAAGCCUUUCGUCAUUCUUCAUACCUUACUCAACAUCAAAGAAUUCAUACUGGUGAGAAACCUUAUAAAUGUAAGUAUUGUGUUAGGGCAUUUAGUAAUGUUUCAGCCUUUAUUCAUCAUCAGAGAAUUCAUACUGGUGAGAAACCGUACAAAUGUAAGGAAUGUGGAAGAGCCUUUAGUACUGGCUCAAUACUUACAGCACAUCAGAGAAUUCACUCAGGUGAGAAACCCUACUUAUGUAAAGAAUGUGGGAAGGCCUUUUGUCAGUCUUCAGACCUUACUCAACAUCAGAGAAUUCAUACUGGUGAGAAACCCUAUGAGUGUAAGGAAUGUGGAAGUGCCUUUCGUCGUUCAUCAGAACUUUCUCGACACAAGUUAAUUCAUGCUGAUGAGAAAUUGUAUGAAUGUAAGGAAUGUGGAAAGAUCUUGAGUAGAGAUUCAGUACUCAUAAAGCAUCAGAAAAUUCACACUGAUGAGAAAGCCUGGGAAUGUAAUAAAUGUGGGAGAGUUUUCACUUGUGCAACAUACCUGACCCGGCAUCAGCGAAUUCAUACUGGUGAUAAACCAUAUACUUGUAACAAAUGUGGGAAAGCCUUUCUUCGUUCUUCAGACCUUAUUCUGCAUCAAAGAAUUCAUACUGGUGAGAAACCCUAUGAAUGUAAGGAAUGUGGGAAGGCUUUUGCAAGAGGCUCAAAUCUUAAUUGCCACCAAAAGGUUCAUAAUGAUGAAAAAUUCUAUGAAUGUAAAGAAUGUGGAAAGGCCUUUAUUCAGAGCUCAGAACUUAUUUAUCAUCAGAGAGUUCAUGUUAAAAAACCCUAUGAAUGUAAAGAAUGUGGAAAAACCUUUAUUUGUGCCUCACAGCUUACUUAUCAUCAAAGAGUUCAUACUGGGGAGAAACCUUAUAAAUGUAAGGAGUGUGGGAAGGCCUUUAUUCGUGGCUCUCAUCUUACCCAGCACCAAAGAAUUCAUACUGGUGAAAGACCCUAUGAAUGUAAUGAAUGUGGGAAGGCCUUUUUUCGUGGAUCUCAACUUACUUACCAUCAGAGAGUUCAUACUGCAGAGAAACCCUAUCAAUGUAAAGAGUGUGGAAAGGCCUUUAUUCGCGGCUCCCAACUUACGGAACAUCAGAGAAUUCAUACAGGUGAGAAACCCUAUGAAUGUAAGAAAUGUGGGAAAGCCUUUAGUUAUGGCUCACAGCUUACUCUACAUCACAGACUUCAUACUGGCGAAAAACCCUAUAAGUGUAAAGAUUGUGAGAUGUCCUUUAUUCGUGGCUCCCAACUUACUGAACAUCAGAGGAUUCAUACAGGUAGGAAACCACAUGAAUGUAAGCAAUGUGGAAAGGCCUUUAACUAUGGCUCACAGCUUAUUCGUCAUCAGAGGAUUCAUACUGGUGAAAAACCCUAUGAAUGUCAAGAAUGUGGGAAAUCAUUUAUUCGUGGCUCACAACUUACCGAACAUCAAAAAAUUCACACUGGUGAAAAACCUUUUGAAUGUAAGGAAUGUGGGAAAGCCUUUAUUCGUGGCUCACAUCUUACUCAGCAUCAGAGGAUUCAUACUGGUGAAAAACCCUAUGAAUGUAAAGAGUGUGGUAAGGCCUUUAUUUAUAGCUCACAAUUGACUCAACAUCAGAGAAUUCAUACAGGUGAGAAUCCCUGUGAAUGUAAGCAGUGUGGGAAGAUCUUUAUUUGUGCCUCACAACUUACUCUACAUCAGAUUUCUCACUCUGGUAGGAAACCAUAUGAAUGUAAGGAAUGUGGUAAAGCUUUUAUUCGUGGCUCACAGCUAACUUACCAUCAGAGAGUUCAUACUGGUGAGAAGCCCUAUGAGUGUAAUGAAUGUGGGAAAGCCUUUAUUCGUGGUUCACAUCUUACACAGCACCAGAGAAUUCAUACUGGUGAGAAACCAUACAAAUGUAAUGAAUGUGGGAAGGCCUUUAAUCGUGGCUCACAACUUACUCAACAUCAGAAAAUUCAUUCUGGGGAGAAACCCUAUAAAUGUAAAGAAUGCGGGAAGGCCUUUAGACGAGCCUCACACCUAACUCAACAUCAUAGUAUUCAUACUGGUGAAAAACCCUAUGAAUGUAAGCAAUGUGGGAAGGCCUUUAGUCGUGAUUCACAGCUCAUUCUUCAUCAGAGACUUCAUACUGGUGAGAAACCCUAUGCAUGCAAGGAAUGUGGGAAGGCCUUUACUCAGAGCUCACAACUUAUUUUACAUCAUAGAAUUCAUACUGGUGAAAAACCAUAUAAAUGUGAAGAAUGUGGGAAAGCUUUUAUUCGUAGCUCACAACUCACCCGACAUCAAAAAGUCCAUACUGGUGAGAAACCUUAUGAAUGUAAAGAAUGUGGGAAGGCCUUUACUCAGAACUCGCAACUUACUCUGCACCAGAGACUUCAUACUGGUGAGAAACUCUAUGAAUGUAAAGAAUGUAGAAAGGUCUUUACUCAGCUCUCACAACUUAUUUUACAUAAGAGAAUUCACACCGGUGAAAAACCUUAUGAAUGUAAGGAAUGUGGGAAAGCUUUUAUUUGUGGCUCACAGCUUUCUCAGCAUCAGAAAAUUCACAAUGGGGAAAAGCCAUAUGAAUGUAAGGAAUGUGGAAAGGCCUUUAUUCGUGGCUCUUUGCUUAUGCAACAUCAGAGGAUUCAUACUGGUGAAAAGCCCUAUAAAUGUGAAGAAUGUGGGAAAGCCUUUAUCCGUGGUUCACAACUUACUCAACACCAGAGAAUUCAUACGAAUGAGAAGCCUUAUGAAUGUAAGGAAUGUGGAAAGACCUUUAGUCAUGGCUCACAACUUACUCAACAUCAGAGAAUUCAUACUGGUGAGAAACCCUAUCAGUGUAAGGAAUGUGGAAAGGCUUUUAAUCGUGGUUCACUCCUUACUCGACAUCAAAGGAUUCAUACUGGUGAAAAACCCUAUGAAUGUAAAGAAUGUGGGAAAACUUUUAGUCGUGGCUCAGAACUUACUCAGCAUGAGAGGAUUCACACCGGUGAGAAACCUUAUGAAUGUAAGGAAUGUGGGAAGUCUUUUAUUCGUGGCUCACAGCUUACCCAACAUCAGAGAAUUCAUACUGGUGAGAAGCCGUAUGAAUGUAAAGAGUGUAGAAUGGCCUUUACUCAGAGUUCUCAUCUUUCUCAACAUCAGAGACUUCAUACUGGUGAGAAACCCUAUGUAUGUAAUGAAUGUGGGAAGGCCUUUGCCCGUGGCUUACUACUUAUACAGCAUCAGAGAAUUCAUACAGGUGAGAAACCAUAUCAGUGUAAGGAAUGUGGGAAGGCCUUUAUUCGUGGUUCACAACUUACUCAACAUCAGCGAAUUCACACUGGAGAAAAGCCUUAUGAAUGCAAGGAAUGUGGGAAGGCCUUUAGUCAUGGCUCUCAACUUACUUUACAUCAGAGAAUUCAUACUGGUGAGAAGCCCUAUGAAUGCAAAGAAUGCAGGAAAGCAUUUACUCAGAGCUCACAUCUUUCUCGACAUCAGAGAGUUCAUACUGGUGAGAAACCCUAUCAAUGUAAGGAAUGUGGGAAGGCCUUUACCCGUGGUUCACAACUAACUCAACAUCAGAGAAGUCAUAUCAGUGAGAAAUCUUUUGAAUAUAAGGAGUGUGGGAUAGAUUUCAGUCAUAGCUCUCAAGUUUAUAUUUGAAUUACCUGAUUCUUUAUGAUUAAGAUAGCCUUCUCUGGUCACUAAUCCAUUAUUAUCAGAGAAUUCCUAAAAUGUGAAUAUGGGAGCGUAUUUGCCUCAUAAAGUUCAGCAUCAGUGAAUUCUAAUGGGGGAAAGAUACUGUUAAUGUAAUCUAUGUAGAAAAACUUAUCAUUACUGGAAACCUAUUAAACUUUAGCUUAUAAUAAUAGAGAAUAAUCCUGUUAAUAUAGUAAAUAUAUUGAGGCCUCUGGCUGUAGAAUAUGUCUUUUCCAACAAUAUUUUAAUUCUACCAGCUACUUUCCUUCAUGACAUUUAUAAUUAACCUCUGCUUUGGCUUAAUCGUUUGUAAGAUAGGCCUAAUACUUUCCUUGUAAGAUUCUUGGAAGUAUUAUGUGAGACAUUUCAUGUAAAGUUCUUAGAGCAGUGCCUUGAACAUAGUAUACCACAAGUAUUAGCUAUCAUUAUUAAUAGUAUGAUUUUAGAGAAUUUGCAUGAGAAGAGGACACUUGGGGGUAUAAUGAAUAUUGAGAAAUCUUUCAUUAAUAUUUGACCCUGUUUGAGUGGGGGCCACUGUAUGCUGUAAGGAACACGAGAAAGCUUUCAUUCACAUCUUAUUCCAUAUGCUAGAAGAGGAAAUUCAUACUGUUGGGUGUUGGGGGUAGAAAAAUUUUGUAGAUUUAAUCAGUGAAUUGUUGAAGAGAGGUAAAGUGAAUUGUAACAAGGUUCAAAAAUUCAUAUGUCCUACCAUUUUUACCAUAAUUCAAGAAUAUUAUUUAAGAAAUCAAAAAUAAUGGCUAGCCAAAAUAAAAUUUUCUACUAGGAAAUUUCUAAAAACUUGAAUGUACAGCUUUUUAAUUAAAUUAAAAAUAAACUGAUAUUACUAUUUUGCAGUGAAACAUGACGUUCUGUCACAGACUGCUACUUCCCUACCCAAUAUCCAUUUUUCUUUUAGAAUUCUUGGCUGAAAAAUGAUCUCAGCCUCUUUUGCAGCUCAGCAAGAUGGAAGUGGUAUUUGUAAAUGUAGGACAUUUAAGAAUACCUUUCUCUCUCUGCAUUUCUUUGUUUCCCUGCCUACAAUGUGGACAUUUAGUUUACAGCUCUGGUGAUUUUAUGGAGAAUUUGAAAAUGAUUAUCUGGGUACUAAGGAUGAUGGAGCAGAAAUACAGAAUGAGUCUACACCUGUACUGAUCUUUUGGAACAGUUGUACCAAUUCUGGUCUGUCUGCCUCCUGUAUUUCUUUAUAUAAAAUUCAAAUAAACUUAUUUGUUGA